AUGCCAACCGAGACUUCCGAUCUGACACUCAGGACCUCCCGAAACGACACCAGUGCCAGAGACUCCGAUCUGACACUCAACGCUCCGGAAACGACCCCAGUGUGCCACCGAGACUCCGAUCUGACCUCAGACCUCCCGAAACGACCCAGUGUGCCACCGGACUCCGAUCUGACACUCAGACCUCCCGAAACGACACCAGUGCCACCGAGACCCGAUCUGACACUCAGGCUCCGGAAACGACACCAGUGUGCCACCGGGAGACUCGAUCUGACACUCAGACCUCCCGAAACGACACCAGUGCCACCGAGACUCCGAUCUGACACUCAACGCUCCGGAAACGACCCCAGUGUGCCACCGAGACUCCGAUCUGACACUCAGACCUCCCGAAACGACACCAGUUGUGCCACCGAGACCCGAUCUGACACUCAGCGCUCCCGAAACGACACCAGUGUGCCACCGAGACUCCGAUCUGACACUCAGACCUCCCGAAACGACACCAGUGCCACCGAGACUCGAUCUGACACUCAGACUCCCGAAACGACACCAGUGUGCCACCGAGACUCCGAUCUGACACUCAGUCCCGAAACGACACCAGUGUGCCACCGAGACUCCGAUCUGACACUCAGACCUCCCGAAACGACACCAGUGCCACCGAGACUCCGAUCUGACACUCAGCGCUCAAACGACACCAUGCCACCGAGACUCCGAUCUGACACUCAGCGCUCCGGAAACGACACCAGUGUGCCACCGAGACUCCAGACCUCCCGAAACGACACAGUGUGCCACCGAGACUCCGAUCUGACACUCAGACCUCCCGAAACGACACCAGUGUGCCACCGAGACUCCGAUCUGACACUCAGACCUCCCGAAACGACACCAGUGCCACCGAGACUCCGAUCUGACACUCAGCGCUCCGGAAACGACACCCAACCUCCCGAAACGACACCAGUGUGCCACCGAGACUCCGAUCUGACACUCAGACCUCCCGAAACGACACCAGUGUGCCACCGAGACUCCGAUCUGACACUCAGCGCUCCGGAAACGACACCAGUGUGCCACCGAGACUCCGAUCUGACACUCAGACCUCCCCGAAACGACACCAGUGUGCCACCGAGACUCCGAUCUGACACUCAGACUCCCGAAACGACACCAGUGUGCCACCGAGACUCCGAUCUGACACUCAGACCUCCCGAAACGACACCGUGUGCCACCGAGGACUCCGAUCUGACACUCAGACACGACUCCACCGAGACUCCGAGACGACACCCACCGAGACUCCGAGGCACUCCGGAAACGACUGUGCACAGACUCCGAUCUGACACUCAGCGCGAAACGACACCAGUUGCCACCGAGACUCCGAAUCUGAAGCACUCAGACCUCCCGAAACGACACCCAGUGCCACCGAGACUCCGAUCUGACACUCAGCGCUCCGGAAACGACACCAGUCCACGAGACUCCGAUCUGACACUCAGCGCUCCGGAAACGACAGUGUGCCACCGAGACUCCGAUCUGACACUCAGGACCUCGAAACCCAGUGCCACCGAGACUCGAUCUGACACUCAGACGCCCGGAAACGACACCAGUGUGCCACCGAGACUCCGAUCUGACACUCAGCGCUUCCCGAAACGACACCAGUGCCACCGAGACUCCGAUCUGACACUCAGCGCUCCGGAAACGACACCAGUGUGCCACCGAGACUCCGAUCUGACACUCAGCGCUCCGGAAACGACACCAGUGUGCCACCGAGACUCCGAUCUGACACUCAGCGCUCCGGAAACGACACCAUGUGCCACCGAGCUCCGAUCUGACACUCAGCGCUCCGGAAACGACACCAGUCUCCGAUCUGACACUCAGCGCUCCGAAACGACACCAGUGUGCCACCGAGACUCCGAUCUGACACUCAGCGCUCCGAAACGACACCAGUUGCCACCGAGACCCAUCUGA